GGGCAAAGAAAGUCGUAAGCGGGUCAAAGAUCAGAGUCUCGGAUUAAGCCAAAGGCUAAGCACGGGUUGGCACGGUUCCUCUGUGUACGACGUGAUGGGGUAUUGCCCUCGUUUUCGUUAUAUUACUCGCUCGCCCAGAAGUGGUGAGCAGCAGCAGCAUGGUUUAGCGCCUGGUCUCGAGAUUGUAGUGGAUUACACGGAUUUCACAUUUGAGUGCAGCUGUAAUUAAGUCACGAGGAGACAAAGAUGUCUUUCCCGUCCCCUCAGUUUAGCUCAGCUCAGCUCCGGCAGGGCCGCACUUCAGGUCUGUACAGUCCUCUGCUCUCUCUGAGCUGCAGCUCUGGGGCCUCUGGCCUGCCCGUUGGCUGUUCAGUCAAUUCAUGCCCGGGCUGCCAACUUCCCAAGCUUUGCGGGCCACUCUCUUGCCCUCCUUCUGCUUCUCCUGCCGCUGCUGCUACUACUGCUGCUACUGCUACUGCUCCAUCAUCUGCUUCUGACUGCCCCGUCCCCCUCUUCACUUCACUUCCUUUCCUUUCCUUUCCUUUCCCUUCCCUUGCCUUCCCUUGCGCUGCAGCUGCAACAGCUCUGCAGGAGCUGCCCUUUCCUUUGCUUCGGUUCCAUCUUUCUCGCGUAGUGGACUGGACUGGACUGGAACUCGGUUGAUUGAUUGUUUGUUUGUUUGUCUGUCCGUCCCCGUGAGCGACGCAGGCAGCCCGGCAGCUCGCCCGCGCACCCGCGUUCUGCUCGACGUCUGCGAGCACUACGUUCCACAUUUGGUCCUGUUCCGUUGGCAUAACUGCUUUUUAGCGCCAUGCGUUGCUCCGAGCCAGCGCUGCUCCCUCUCUCUCACUGAUCACCCGGUCUGCGAUUCGCUCAGGUAGCAUGCUCGCCCUCCCUCAUCCCUCACUCAUCCCCCAUCUCUCUCUCUCUCUCACUACCUCAAUUCCUCCCUUCCUCUCUGUUCUGCUUUGCUCUGAUCUCUCUCUCUCUCUCUUUCUCUCUCUCUCUCUCUGAGUCUGAGUCUUGGUGGGCGAUAAUGUCCAGCGGAGAAUGUUGAAACUGUUGACGGGUAUUGACUGUGCUCCUGCUGCUGCUGCUGCUGCGUGCCAUCGAGCCAUGAUUUAUCCAUCCGGUCGUGUCUCGUCGAGUCGGGAGCAGCAACACGUCGUGCACCAACCAGCAGCGAGCCCGGUCGAGUGCGCAGGACUUUCGGAUUCCGCCUCUACUCCCGUCGCUCUCGAGGAAUCGUAGCUCCCCUGCGAGCCAUGCGAUGGCUGCUGCUGCUGCAAUGGUGGAGCACUGGACAUUUGUGCUCGAGAGGCUCUGAUGCCAGACCCAGUUCCCGUCUCCCUGGGCCUCGCCACCUCGACCUCUCCAUGUCCCAGCAGCUCGUGCAGCACAGUGAGUGAUUGAUUGAUUGAUUAAGCGAAUGAGAGACAGGGAGAACGAGAGAACAGCCUGUGCCGACAUUGUAAUCGUCGUCGAACGAAGCGAGAGCAGUCGGUACAGAUUGGCGCAUUGGGGUGCGAGCCGGACGAGGAGUCGGUGAAUGCAUCGAGCAUUUCGAGCUGCAGAGGGUGAUCCAUCGCCGGGAGGCGAAGCGGAGGGAGAAGAAGAAGCCGAGGACCAGGAGACGGAACGAAGUGGUCCGAGGGCAAGGACGAGGACGAUGCCGGACCUGGCAGCAGUAGAUGACCACCAUCAUCCUCAGAAAGUGGCGCCCAUUCAGCAGCACCGCACUGACCUCGAUGUGGCGGGUCCGAAUGCCGUGAAAUGAGCGACGCCACGACGGGAGAGCAGCAGCGGAAUCAGCAGCAGCAGCAGAGAUUUUCAGAGGCCAGUUUCCUUCGACUUCGAUUGCACGGGCGAGUCCUUAACGAACAAUGAGUCACAAAGAAUCGACAGGCGUCGUCGUGGUGGCGCAGGCCGGACAGCAGCAGCAGCAGCAGCUGAUCACCAAAUUGAAAUCGAGGACCACGAAAGAAGUCGAGAGCCCGAAAUCCGUCAUCUCGGACCCUCGCAUCGUCAGCCCAGCUUCGUCCGCCUCCGCCAGCCUCGAGCGCCGCAUCUCCGACUUGAAGAAACUGCCCCGCCACGAUCGCGUCUACUCAAUUUCCGAUGCCGAGGACGACAGCGCGCCCGUCCCCUCCGGAGCCAGCCUCGCUGCGGUUCUGACUCGCCAGCUCUCCGCCAAGGACCGAGACAGAGACAGAGACCGCAAUGGUCUGGAAUCGGUGUCGGAAGCGCACUCGUUGCCCUCGGUGCCGGCCAGAAUGGGAUUCUCGUCGGGGCCAUCGUCUGAGACCUCGUCGCCGCGAAACCGAAUCGGCAGGAGCAUCAACAAGGAUGGCUCCAAAGUGUACGUGCGUGGCUCCGACACCGAGCUUCUCACUCGAAGGCUCUCGUCCGCCGGUGCCGACAGCACCUCGAGCUCCAUCCCGAGCUCUAUUCCCUAUCCCUCAGGCGAUGGCAGGUCGGGGGUCGCGGGGUACCGACACCAUAGCUCCAAGAGCUCGAAGAGCGCAUUCUCGCCGGGCGAGUCGCCGGGGCACCCGGCCUUCGGAGACUGGCCGCGCUCGGCGCUGCUCGAGCUCUCGUCCGAGGUGAAGGAGGCGUCGAAGUUCGUCAAGGAGUUUCCGGAGAUGCCCUUCUCGCUCAAUUCGUCGUGCAAAUCGUCGGGCGCCGAUUGCUUCGAGUCCGUGGCGUCGAUUCGGCUCGCCGAGGGCCGGCGCAAGAGCGAGAGCCAUGUCAGCGGCGCUGCCUGCAUCAUGUUCCCGUCCGACGCCUCGCUGCACGCUCUGCCCUCGCUGGCCGGGGCCAGCAACGGGCUCUCGGAUGGGCCGCUCGAGAAGCACCUUUUGUACGGAGGGGGCGCAGCGGGCGCCACUGUCAAGCAGCAGCAGCAGCAGCAGCAGAGAUUCGGAGGCGGGCAGUACCUGAAGGCCAACCCCCUCAAGCCGCGGCCGCCGCCGGCGAAGUGGGAGGACGCCGAGAAGUGGAUUCAGACUCCUUCGGCCGCAGCUGCAGCUGCUGCUGCUGCGGCCGCUGCGUCGUCGGCCAGGUCGAGCACCAAUUCGCACGGCAAUGGUGCGCUCUCGGGAGGCUCGACCCCGCAGCAUCACAUCAUCCUGUCGGGGCGCCACCACUUGCCCCGAUCGGCUCCCAGCAAUGGCGGCGGUGACAAUUUGCCUCCCGGUGCCGAGUCCUACGACGCCAGAUUGCUGCUCGACAAUGGCGAUUUCGGUGGUGGUGAGAGAAAUUCGUUCGCUCCGUCUCCUCAUCACGGCCUCAAUCAUACGCAUAAUCAUAAUCAUAGUCAUAAUCACCACCACCAUCAUCCUCACCCGCACCCGCACCCUCAGCCUCAGCCUCGGCCUCAAGCUCGUGAUGCUUCGACUACGACCAGCGGUGCCGGGGGUUUGGAAGACAGCCCUCCUGCUGCCGACACGAAAGAGUCCGAUGCGUCCAGUGGCGAUGGCGAUGGUGAUGGUGCUGCUGCUCGGCCCGAGGGGAAGGUCCACCCUCUUCCGGAUGGCGCCUUGGUGAAGGCGAACCUGCUGCUGGCCGUGAACAAGCUGGCCAGGGAGAGAUCGGAACGUGGACCCGGAGAGGAUUUCUGCGAAUCCAAGGAGCUUCAAGAGCCGCUCAAAUCUGCGCCCGCUUGUACACCUGUAGAUACGACCGAACCUGCUAGUUUUGAUCAGAAGCACGAUGCUUAUUCUGCCACCAUUUUUGACAAUUUCACCAAAGACAAGUUCGCAGACUCCAUCACAGUCCAAAGCACGAGUCCGAACAACGGACGAUUAGUCAUCGUCAUGAAGGAUGCGGCCACCGAGAUAACACCGUCGACGUCUCAGAGAGACAUAGCCACGCAGAUCACUCCGGUGCAAAGCUUUCACGCGGCGGUGACCCCGCCACGAUUACACACAGGGCCGGCCCGUCUGAACACGACUCCCGUGCACUCCGAGAGGAGACCUGCGUCGGUCGGGGUCGAUGUGACGGAGCUUCAGAGCUGCCAUCAGGCCAAGCUCGAGCUCGAUCAAGCUGCUGCUCUCGACAACAACUGGACCACCAGAGAGGAGGAAGUGGAAGAAAGUGCUAAAAGUCUGCGCCUCAGCGUGGACUUCAAAGAAGUCAAAAGGAAUGUCCUCGAGGCUCGAGCAGCUGCUUGGGAGGAAGCCGAGCAAUCCAAGUACAUGUCACGAUAUCAUCGAGAGGAAGCCAAGAUUCUAGCGUGGGAAGCACAUCAGAAGGCUAAGGCCGAGGCCGAGAUGAGAAAGAUGGAGGUGAAAUUGGAACGGAUGCGGUCGCAUGCGAGCGAGAUUUUGCAGAAUAAAAUAGCAUCGGUGCAUUUGCGCGCGGAGAAUAUGCGCGCAGCAGCCGCAGCACAAUGCGGGGAACAGGCAGCCAAAACGAACCAGUGGGCCCAAGAGAUUCGGACCAAUGGCAGAUCGCCCACCCCGCCGAUCCUGUGCUGCUUUCCAAGCUGCUUCAAUUCCUACUCCUCGUGAUCGCAGUCCAGGAGGAAGAAGAAGAAGAAACGAGCAGAGCAGAGCAGAGCAGGCACACACACACGCACACACUUGUAGCUUACAAUUCCUCCCCCCGUCCCUCGACAACAAUAAAUCUGUACUACCAUCGUCCCACCUUCACCAUCGCCCCCCUCACUUUUGAUGUUGUCCGCAGUUCGAGUUGGUGACCUCUGCCUAAGGCCGUGGACGUUCCCCCAUGGCUGAGCUCGAGGCAUGUCACCGUGUCAAAGACAUUGUAAAGAGAGUACAUUUUUUAAAGCACCGGCACACAGAGUCAGUCCGGCAGGCAGGCACGCAGUCAGUCGGUCAGGCAAGUCAAGUCAAGUAAAGUCAAGCCAUUCCCUCCUUGGCAGGGAGUGUUUUCUAGGUUUCAUUCCAGCUGCUGCUCCUGUGUCGACAGUCGCCUAUGAAGUUGGUGACUUUCGAGAGGGAUGCACCAAAUCUGUUCUUCUAAAAUUUAGUAAGAGGAUCACCAUUUGUUCUCAGCUUGUCGCUCUUCUUCUCACUCCCGUAC